UACGAUCGAAGUUGACAUUAAAAUAAAGAAAGAAAGAGUGAGAUAGAGAAAUAGACAGACGAACAGACAAACACAGGUAGAAAAAAAAAUUUUAUGAAAUGCAAUACACGCGUUUUUUCUUCAUGCUUUAAUUACGUAUAUCAGGGCAUUUGAAAUAAUUGUAAUCGUAGCAUCAGGCACGUUUAUUAAAGCCUAAUCUAUAAGGAAUUUAUUAAAGAAAAAAAGAACAAAAAGAAAAAAGAAAAUAGAAAGAAGUCUGUGAACUAAUCGAAUUAACGGCCUUUGGUACGCUAUGAAUACAAAACCUUAGCCAUUAAUUCAGUGAGUGACUGUGAAACUGUGUUCAACUUGUUUUUUCUUAAUGAUUAGCUGUACAUCAUCAUUGAAAUGCGCUUUUGAAAAAAUCCGAUCGCACAGUGGGCAAAAUUUUUAGCAAUGGUAAUACAUACUUUUACUACGUUGUACUUUAUGUACAUACAUACAUAACAUAUACAUACACAUCCCUGCUGUGUUAGCUUCCUCAGAAAAGAAAAAAAAAAGAAAAAGAUAUAAAAAAAAAAAAUAUUAAUUACUGCCGAUUACAAACCCAUUUUUCCCGGUACCGAAUUAACAACAACAACAACAACAACAACAACAACAAAAUAUCUAUUUUCGUUUCAGUAAUUUAUACUCUGUUGCGAGGUUUGGAAGUGAUCUUUACAAUUUGUACAUGGGGAUUUACUAUUACAUCUAUAUUAAUUACGAUUUAAAGAUUGUAUAUAAAUCAACCUCAACCAUUCUUAUAGUAGACGUGAUUGUUGAAUACCAAAUGAAACUCGAGAAUUACUUUCGAAUACUUUUGCAUGAUACGAUAAAACAAUAAAGUCACACAAGGUGUUAUUAUCUCAUUUCAUUUCCAUCGAUAAUUUAAACAAUUAGAUUUUCCUGAUUAACUAGAAUGCUAUUUUAUUUAUUUUUUAAAUUGAAUAUCCGUGUAACAUACAUAUUUUGAAUUAAAUUAUAUUAAACUUUUUUAAAUUUUCAUGAAAAUUUUCUUCAUUCGUUAAAUUCUAUUUAAACUUUAUCGUAUAAACUUAUCAAUGAAAUAAUAAUUAUAGUAAUCAUUCAAGCAAAUUUUACAUAAAUAUACGUCAUAUAUAUCUAAUACGAUAUAAACUAAUUUUUUAUGGUCGGAUAAUAAGGUUAUACACUAAUCCUAAUCUAGAAUCUUCCAAGAGAUCCAUCUAUCAUAUAAUUUAUGAAAAUUUAUUUUAUAAAAUCAGGGAAAUUGACAAACGCAAGUGAACCUAGAUAAUUUAAAAACAAUGAUUUUUUAUAUAUUUAAAAAAUCUUAGUACGUGUAAGUUAAUAAAAAAAAUAUCAAAAUAAGAAUCAAACUUAAAUUUAAUCAAUUUAGAAAUCAAUUUGUUCAUUUCACGUUAUUUUUGCACAUUAUCGAUUAAUGGAAAAAGAAAAUAGAUAUCAUUACAUAUCCAUUCCUUAUAGAAAGUAAUCGCCAUUUUAAAUUAUUCACAAACCUAAAGGAACUAUUUUCAUUGAUUUUAAUCAUUAAGUAAAGUUUUAAUUGAAUUUAUUAAUAAUCAAUAAAUAAUAUCAUAUUUAUAAAAAUAGAACUCAUGAUAAUUAUAUAUUAUAUUUAAUAAUCAUCUAAAUAUUGUUUGUGUAUUAACAGACAUAAAACUCAAAGUUCAACGUGAUUAAAAAAUGAUGCAAAUAAGUGGAGAGGAUAACCUUAGACUACGCAAUAUGUUAUGGCAGUCAUGGCCAUGUAACAAUGGUCAAAAAGAAGGAUUGUGAGCGGGAGGGGAAUUUUAUUUACAAGAUAUUGAAUAUCGAUAUUCACUUUUUUAUAAGGAGAUUUAUUAUUAAUUAUGAAAUAGCUGUUUUAUUAACAAUUUAAGAACAAUUGAUAUUAUUAUAGUUUCUAAAAAAGUAAUGUCAGAACAGAAAGUUUUUGUAACAGUCGGUACAACAAGUUUUGAUGAUUUGAUUUCAACAAUAUUAAAUCCUGAAAUACUUGAGGCUUUAGCUUUGAGAGGUUAUAAUUAUUUAUCUCUGCAAAUAGGUAAAAGUUCUUUAGAGCCUGAUUGCACAUCUCGAUGUGGUAUCAAUCAUAUUGAAUAUUUUCAUUUAAGUUCAUCUAUUGAGGACUAUAUACAGGCAGCUGACUUAGUAAUAAGUCAUGCUGGAGCAGGAAGUAUUCUAGAAGCUUUGGAAGCUCAUAAACAAUUAAUUGUAGUUACUAAUCAGUUACUUAUGGACAAUCAUCAGUUAGAAUUAGCACGACAAUUGUAUGAAGAUAAGCAUUUGUAUUAUUGCACUUGUGAUACUUUAUUGAAUACUAUUCAAACAAUGGAAUUAGAUAUAUUAAAACCAUUUAUAUCAGAUGAAAGUAAAAAUAUCAUUAAUUAUUUAGAUCGUAUCAUGGGUUUUAAGUAAAAUAAAUAUGAUUUAUAUGGU